AUGGCGGCCAGUGUAAGUUUGAGAGAUGCUAAGGAGGCCCUCAAGAAAUACCUCCCUUACAGUGGUUUGGCAGGUUACUGUGUGUUAGCUCUUCAUUCAGUGAAAGUCUACCCUGAAGAACUUAUUCUCAGCAAAGAUUCGAGGGCAGUUAUUUUUCACGGAGCCUUAGUUUUGUCCGGAGUGGGCUUGAGCACAUACAUGUUUUCCAGACCUGUGUUUGAUGUGAUGCAGCCGCCCCAGAAAAAACGUGUUUUAUGGAGCUUGUUUGGUUCAUGGAUGUUCAAUUUUGGUUCGUUGUUGCUAUGGGCGAUAUGUAAAGAGAUCUUCCCGAAGAAUAAGGUGUUACGGGCUUUUGUAGCCUUGUCUUCAAGUGCUGGGCUUGUGUACAUUGCCAAAGAUUAUUUACAUGCGGUAGACGCGCUUCGAUGGGGGGUCAUCGCCGAACGUACUGAAGGUGGACAAGAGCCAGCUGAAGCGCUUUGAGAAGUCAAAUUUUGUCAGGGAGAGCCACAUUGACCAGAUAA